AUGUCGACAUCAGCCAAAGAAAGGAAAAGUCCUCAAUCGCUAUAUAUCCACGACCAGCCCGCCUACAAGGUUAGAAACAAUUACGAAUAUGUCAAGAUCAAUCGCUCGAUUGUCCUGGGCGUGAUGGUUGGAGGCUGGUGGUUUCGAGGGACUUGGUUCAACACAUCCCCUCGUCUGCUAGCACCGCGCCUCCUCAUUACAUCUGUCGCAGAACUGACUUCGGUGCCGGACGCCUUUCCGUCCAUCAAUGGCUCGCACAACAGCAUUUCGGCCCCGAACAAAAUGUCAGCUCCAGACAAGACGUCAACCCUAGACAACAUGUCAUCGACGAAGAGACUACCUCUUCCUAGACUUCGUGGCCCAAAGCUUCAGCCGUUCCGAGGAACAGCCAGCGCUGACAUCGAGUUUAUUGAAUUCAUUGGCAACGAUGAGGAUAUGGACUCCAAAGUCUGGAAAGUCCAUAUCGAUGGCAGUGUAUAUGCUCUCAAGAUUGACUAUAUAGACUAUUUGGACCCUUUUAACUGCGAAUGCCGCGUCUAUGGACGCCUCAAGGAGGAGAACCGUGAGGAGCUGGCUAUCCGCGCUCACGGCUAUGUCCUACUGUCGAAGGAUCAAGAACGACGUGUUACUGAAGGCUUAGGCGAAGACUUUAUAGACUGGGAAAAGCAUCCUGAACCUCUAAGCUGCGAUGGGCUUUUCUGGCGUUGGGAGGUCCACCGUCACGAACCCCUGAGAGCUAUAGUCAAAGAUUACGUUGAGGCUUCGACACCGUGGAUCGCAUCACAAAUUCCGCAAAUGUAUGCUGAUCUUGAAGAACUGCAUAAGCUAGACCGGGCGAACGUCCAUGGUGUCAGGAAGCAUAGGAUGGUCGAGCCUUACAAGUUCGAGCGGAUGGUGGAUGACUGGGCUCAUUGGAAUGAGGUGGUGAUCGAAAAGUCAGAAGCAUUGGUAAGGUGGCACAGCAAGAAAGAGGAGGAUUUUGGGUUCGACCCCCGACUAUACGAUUGGCAGAAAUGGGAGGAGGCAGAGAAGUAG